AUGAUCCAAUUGCAACCAAGCCCCUUCUCGAGGCAUGAGACAGGCAGAAUUUUGCCUCCUCCCGGUCACAGCCAGCAGGACCGCCUCAGACUGGAGGGCCUCGCAGACGCCGCCGUUUGCCUUCAGGAGCCGGCUGUCUACUCCCCUGACAGCCCCCCCACAAGUCCAUUCUUCCAAGAAUACACAUUCCGACACUCAACCACAGCAUCUGACGAAUCUAAACCAUAUAAUAUCCCGUCCAUCCAGAGCUUGUUCGCCAUUGCGGAUGGAGACCGACCUCGCAGCUAUGGGUUCGAUCCUCCCGGGCUCGAGCCAAGCUUCAGGAGGCCAAGCACGGGCUCCGAGGCCUCAUUCCAGGGAAGCUUCACCAGUAUGCCCGAGUUGUCACGCCUGUCGACAGCAAGCCCGCCUCCCACGCUUGCUCCGAGGACCCCUGAGGCCCACCACACCAUCGCCCCCGAGACUCACCUCAAGAUCGAGCUUCGACUGAGUGAUCUUGCGGACCAGCUGAAGCGCCUGGAACAAGCAAACAAGAGGCUGUCUCUCCAACCUGCCCGUGGACGGAGGCCGUCCUCCCGCCAGGCACCAUACUCCACCGCGGGGUCCGAUAAGGAUCGCCGUGGUAGCAGCACCAGCAGCAAAGGUGGCCAGUCCGGCGCGGCGCCCAAGGGAAAGGGCCAGCCAAAGAAGCCUCACUUUAACCUCCGGUACCCCAAGUCGGUCAAGCUGUUCAUCCUCUACCACAAGGAGGACUGUGGGUGGGGCUGGAAGGCGAUCAACGAGCGGCGGGUGGGCCUGCUGCCGGUGUUGUACCGCGGGGGUUACAAGCCCGAGAUCGAGGAGAACCGUGAGGUAGCGGGCAUUAACGGCUUCUACUACCGGCUGAACGAGGUCAUGCCAGCGCUGACGCCCGACGGUAGCGGGUUGCGCUUUGUGGAACAGGGUGGACGGACCUGGGAGCUGACGGAACCUUGCAAGUGUCGCGAGGGGCCGGCUCGGGGAGGGGAGAGGAGGAAGGGCUGCGGUGGUGGUGGCAGGGCCAGCAAGGCCUCCAAGGACAAGGAUGACGCCGAGGCGGCGAGGCCCCGGGGUAUGGUCGCCAGGUACCCAGAGGAGGUUGUCUACUACUGGGACGAGUUUGUCAAGCACUUUGUACCGCAGGCCCGACACGCCGAGGUCUAUGCGCGGGCGAAGAGAUAUUGCGAGAUCCGCGCCGAGCAGAGAAGGCAAAAGGGCGUGCCGCAGUGGACGCCAGACAACGAGGAGGACAGAGUGUGGCACACAAAGCCGCCCAACUCAAAGAGCAAGAUGCCAAGGGCGAAGGCCGGCGAGGCAGACGAGACGCUGCCGGAGCUUAUGCGCGCUUGCGAGCUGGACGCUAAGAUGGAGGUGGAUUAA